AAAAUCUCGUACUGGACGAGCAGUUCGAGCGGAAACGCGCAGCGGAGGAAGGAGGUGGGAAACAUAAACCCUAGCGACACAGUGCAGAGCUAUCCUUCUCCUCGCAGCGACAAUCCCGCUCCCCUCCCUGUAGCCGUCUUGCUUUCGCAGGUCGAGGUGCUCGCUCUGCUCUUAGCUCGUCGCAGGCUCAUAGAACAUGGGUGAAACAAGAGACAAUGAUGCUUACGAGGAAGAGCUUCUCGAUUAUGAAGAAGAGGAAGAGAAGGCCCCAGACUCCGCCGCCAAGGCCAAUGGCGAGGGUGCCAAAAAGGGUUAUGUUGGGAUUCACAGUUCAGGAUUCAGAGACUUCCUUUUAAAGCCAGAGCUACUUCGAGCUAUUGUGGACUCAGGAUUUGAGCACCCUUCUGAAGUGCAACAUGAAUGCAUCCCUCAAGCUAUAUUGGGAAUGGAUGUCAUUUGUCAAGCAAAGUCAGGGAUGGGGAAAACCGCCGUUUUUGUACUCUCCACUCUGCAGCAGAUUGAGCCUGUUGCAGGGCAAGUUGCUGCACUUGUGCUUUGCCAUACAAGGGAGCUAGCUUAUCAGAUCUGCCACGAGUUUGAGAGGUUCAGCACAUACUUGCCAGAUAUCAAAGUUGCAGUCUUCUACGGUGGCGUUAAUAUCAAAGUUCACAAGGAUUUACUGAAGAAUGAAUGCCCCCAUAUCGUUGUUGGGACUCCUGGCAGAAUUCUUGCUUUGUCGAGGGAGAAGGACCUCUCUCUGAAGAAUGUGAGGCACUUCAUCCUCGAUGAGUGUGACAAAAUGCUGGAAUCUCUUGAUAUGAGGAGAGAUGUGCAGGAAAUAUUCAAAAUGACACCACAUGACAAGCAGGUCAUGAUGUUUUCAGCAACACUCAGCAAAGAGAUCCGCCCUGUGUGCAAAAAGUUUAUGCAAGAUCCCAUGGAAAUAUAUGUGGAUGAGGCUAAAUUGACCCUCCAUGGUCUCGUACAGCACUAUAUCAAAUUGAGUGAGGCAGAGAAAAACCGCAAGCUAAAUGACCUUUUAGAUGCGUUGGACUUCAACCAAGUCGUCAUCUUCGUAAAGAGUGUGAACAGAGCGGCUGAGCUGAACAAGUUACUUGUGGACUGCAACUUCCCCUCUAUAUGUAUACAUUCUGGAAUGUCCCAAGAAGAAAGGCUGACGCGUUACAAGGGUUUCAAGGAAGGGCACAAGAGGAUACUUGUCGCAACUGAUCUGGUCGGUCGGGGAAUUGACAUUGAACGUGUUAAUAUAGUUAUCAACUAUGACAUGCCCGACUCUGCCGAUACCUACCUUCACAGGGUUGGUAGAGCUGGAAGGUUUGGCACAAAAGGGCUUGCAAUUACGUUUGUGUCAUCUGCUUCUGACUCUGACAUCCUCAAUCAGGUCCAAGCGAGGUUUGAAGUGGAUAUUAAGGAGCUCCCGGAGCAGAUCGAUACUUCCACAUAUAUGCCUUCCUAGAGGAUUUAUUCAGCAUGGCAUGUGGAUAUCAACGAGGAGGCUCCGAUGGGGUUUCCAAGUGAAGACUCGGGAUAGUGAUUUAUCGGACUGAAUCAAGAAGACUUUUUGUGGCUUAGUGUGUUAUGCUUUAGAAUUCGUCACUGUAGUUUUUGAAGACUUGGAAUAGAGUCCCUUUUGAGUGAGAUUGCUUAGUAGAAACUCUGCCCAUUAGAUUUGUAUCAAUGAGAUAUUUACAUCUGAAACUGCAUUUUGUUUCGAUAUGUUAGGAGGUUGAUUAACUAAUCCCUGGGGGUCUGCUAUCUAUGUUACUAUUUGAUGCGGGUUGGUGCAGAAGUAAUUGAUAAUUGUCGGAGAAAAUACUUA